AUGAGAGUUAGCCCUUUAGUGACGACACUUGGUAAUGUCCCAAGAAAGAGGUUACUUGGUUGUGGCGCUUCAUCAAGAGUUCUCAGACAGCUAGUUUGCAAGUUGAAGCAUAGUUGGAAGAAAACUAUGGGAUGGCACAAGAGAGGUCCACAGUACAGCUAUGAUUUUCGCAGUUAUUGCCUUAACUUCAGCGAUGGCCCUUCAAACGCCCAUAUCCACAUCCCUCCUUCUCUUGGCUGA